AUGGUAAUCACCGCACAUUUUAUUGAUUCAGAAUGGAAUUUGCAUAAAAGAAUUUUCAACUUUUGUCAAGUUGCUAACCACAAGGGAGGGACUAUUGGCAAGAUUAUUGAGAGUUGUUUAUUGGAAUGGAGAAUCGAUAAGGUUUUCUCUAUCACAGAUAAUGCAAGUUCCAAUGAUAUAGCUAUUUCAUAUAUUAUGAGAAGACUUAGAAGUUGGAAUUCAUUUGUCUUAGAUGGAGAAAUAUUACACAUGAGGUGUUGUGCUCACAUAAUUAAUUUGAUUGUGAAUGAACGGCUUAAAGAAAUGCAUGACUCCAUUUCUAGUGUUCGUAAUGUCGUGAGGUAUGUUAGAUCAUCCCCCAAGAGAUUGACAAAAUUUAAAGAUCGUGUUGAACGAGAAAAAAUUAAAUGUAGAGCACUUGUUUGUUUGGAUGUGGCGACUCAAUGGAAUUCCACUUAUUUGAUGCUUGAUCAUGCCUUGGAAUUUGAAAAAGCUUUCAAAGUAUUAGAGGAAGAAGAAUCAGAUUAUGUUGAUUAUUUCAAAGAGGGGGAUCAUGGAAACAAAAGAAUAGGGCCACCAACCAUUGAUGAUUGGAAAAAUGUUGCAGUGUUUGUAAAGUUUUUGAAGGUUUUCUAUGAUGUCACUACGAAGAUAAGUGGUUCUUUAUAUGUGACUUCUAAUUCUUAUUUUCAUGAACUUUGGGAUGCUAUGGCUAAAGUGAUGGUGGAUGGCAUAAAGAAUUAUUUAAUUCGUUUGUAUGAUUACUACAAGUUUUAUGAUAAUGCUCAAGAUCAUCAUCAAUCUGAAUCAAGACUCACUUCUAAGUCCAUGAGUAUGGAUAUGGACACAAUUGAUGAAGAGAAUUUCAGUGGUUCAAUAUUAGUAUUAUCAAGAUACAAACGAAGAAGAGAAGAGCAACAUUCACUCGAGUUAAAGAAUGAUGUGGAUCGAUAUUUAUCUGACCCUAGUGAAGAACUUGAUGAUAAUUUUGAUGUUUUGGCAGGGUGGAAAGCAAAUGAGUUUAAGUAUAGAGUUUUAUCGAAAAUUGCGCAAGAUGUUUUGGCCGUUCCAGUGUCGACUGUAUCUUCUUAA